AUUUUACGAACGCAACGCACGAUGAUGAGGGUGGAGGCGCUUUUGAGUUGUUGAGAAUCUGUCAGACAAAAACAGUCGUCACUUUUUUACAUGUCGUGUAAUUAUCAACUGCGUUUUGGUAUUCGGUAAUUAGAGCUGGACAAUUUUUUGUCGCAAUAUAUGAUAAAAACCUGUUGAAUCAUGGCUGCUGAAAUUAAGCCAGGAGUCAAGUUCGCAACGACGAAAAAGCCCGUAUUAGUUGGAAAAGUUGAAGGAUUUACCGACGACUUAAACGAUGCCGUAUUAAUUCCUAAUGAAGAUGGCGUAAUUACUGCUGGAGAUGACAAAACUGUACAAGUAUGGCUUAAACGAGAUUCGGGUCAAUACUGGCCAAGUAUUUGUCAAUAUGUUCCAUCCCAAGCGACUUGCAUCUAUGUCUGCUUCACGUCCCCCGAGUCGCGACUCGUCUUCAUUGGGUUGGACAACGGCACUGUGAUGGAGUUUAAUCUUGCUCCAGAUUGCAACAAGUUGGAGCAUAAAAGAGAUUAUUUGUCGCAUGUGGGACGAGUGACGGGCGUUUACUGUGAGAAGGGUCGAGUUUUAAGUGUUUCAAGAGAUAAAACGUUCCAGUGGGCUGAUGUUAGAAAGGGGGAGGUUGUCGCGUCUCAUACUUUCGUUGCUUGGUGUACUGCAUUACAAUUUGAUUCCCUCACGGACCACGCAUUUGUUGGGGACUACAGUGGACAGAUAACGAUGUUGAAGUGCUCUGGGGCCAAUAAUUUAUCAUUGGUCACCACAUUUAAAGGACAUUCAGGGUCGAUUAGAUCCCUUCUUUGGAAUCCGCAUACGUCAUACUUGUUUUCUGGUUCCUUCGAUCAAAAUAUUUGUCUGUGGGAUAUUGCUGGAAAGAAAGGAACAGUAUAUGAACUUCAAGGUCACAAGGGAAAAGUGACCGGUUUGGCGUACCUUAACAGAUCAAAGCAGUUAAUCUCUGGCGGUGAAGAUUCUGUGCUGGUGGCUUGGAACAUACAAGCCGAGCGACUUCAGACCCCAGAUUGGAAGGAAUCAGAUUUUUGUGAGAUUUGCAAGAAACCAUUUUUCUGGAAUCUCCGAGCCAUGAUGGAAAAUAAGACAAUUGGACAGCGGCAGCAUCAUUGCAGAGCAUGUGGCAAAGCGGCGUGUGACAAGUGUUCCAGUCGGAAAACCCCCUUGCCAAAAAUGGGAUUUGAAUUCGAGGUUAGAGUUUGCGACCCCUGUUUCUCGGUCAUCACGCAACAAGACCGAGAAUCACUUGCUUCUUUCCAUGAAGCCAAACAUUCUGUGGUUACUGUGCAUUUGGAUGAAACUCGUUCCCUUCUCGUUACUGUUGGAAGUGACCGUUUAAUCAAAAUCUGGGAUAUUUCAGCCCUCAAUCAAAUCACUCCAACGAACUAACUCCACCCGAGAAUAAGUGACAUGCCCAUAAACACAUACAUAAUUUUGCGAAUGUAUCAAACUCGAAGAAUGACUGAAUUUUGACUGUUAUUAUUAUACUGAUGAUAAAAUAAUUCAUGUUUGUAAUUAUACCGUAAGGAAAGUCUCAUGCAGCAUUUUGCAAAAUAUGACUAAAAAUGUAGUAUUGAACCACCACCAUAACUGUGUCUUUGUUGUCCAGCAUCAUUACUUAUUACUUCUCUACUGAUUUUGUCGUUCUAUAUAAUUCUAAUUUUUAAAGAGCCAUGUAUUUUGGGAUUCGGUUAUGCUUUAAGCAGUAGUGUCAAUCUUGUUACAGCACAAUUUAUUUAGUCAAUCGCCGCCACUUUUACUGUUAACAUUUAUCAAAUCCUAAUCUAAUCUAAGCGUAUACUAACUAAACUAAUAAUAGAAUAAAUUUAAUAAAAAUCUACUGUCUGGUUUAUAAAA